AUGCUUGCCACGGAGACCGAGCUCGAAAUCAUCCAAUGGAAUAAGACUCUCGGAAAGCUAUCAAUGUCCCAGCUUGAGGAACGAAUCAGUGUUGAAUUCCGAACAUGGCAGAAAGUGAUGAGCUGUGGGCUGCCUGUUGGUCUGGAGCACAACCACCCUCUGAGAUUUGACCGUGCUCGGCAUGCCGUCCCUCUCACCCACAACGAUUGGAGACACAUUGAAGCGUGUUGGAAUGUGGUGGUGUCGGAGUGGCUUGUACGGUGUCUCUGGAGCCCAGUGAAGGGUAGAUAG